CAGGCGUCUUUUUUCUUUCGUUAUUCUCUAAAAGACGAUGCCAGACAUAAAUGAUGGCGACUGGGUUCAGUAUCUGCAACAACAUGAAGUCAUUGAAAAUGAGGAAGAGGGAAUAAAAAGGAAACAAGUAUUGAAAUUGCUACAUAAUUUAAUUGCAAGUUUCCAAAGAAAAGUACAAUAUAAUAACGAUUACAAACGAGGGGAAAUUGAAUGUCUUCUAUCACCAUUUGGCUCAUAUGCAUUAGGUGGUUAUACAAAAGGAGCAGACAUUGACCUUGUAUUAAUUUGUCCAUGGAUUGUAAAGCGUAACGAUUUCUUUAAAAUUGUUCCAGAGUUACUGAAAUUCCAACCCACAGUUCGAGAUGUCGAAAUUAUCAAAAAAACAGCCGUCCCGAUUAUAAAAUGCGUUAUCGACUCCAUAUCUAUUGACAUAUCCUUUGUGAGGCUAAGAGGCGAAAGAUUAAAGGAUAAUCUGGAUUUACUAGACGAUACACUGCUGAACAGAAUCGAUCCUGUUUGUCUUGCUAGUAUGGAUGGGCCCAGAGUCAAUAAAUUUAUCAAGGAACAAAUUCGACGGGACCAUGUGUACAUAUUUCAGAAAUCACUACAGUGUAUAAAACAUUGGGCCACAGUACGAGAUAUAUACAGUAAACCUGCUGGCUACUUGAAUGGAAGCUCCUGGACAUUGCUACUUCUGAAAACUUAUUUGAUCGAAAGUGUCAAGUUUAAAGAUCUGUCUAUCACGCAUUUACUAUAUUCGUUCUUCGAAACUUGGGCUACGUGGCCAUGGCAAACACCCGUAUUAUUUACGGAUUUUAUACCUGGGGAAAAUGGAACACGGGUGUCUUAUAAUGAGCUCACUUGUUUUCAUAACGCAACCAUGCCCAUUGUUUCUCCCUGCUACCCAGUUUCCAGUGUCGCUCCUUUUGUAACAAAAUCGACCUUGAAGAUAAUGACCCGAGAAUUCCAAAGAGCGCAAGUCAUCCUUAAUACCAAUACCAAUAAGCAAUCCAUAAUGGGAAAGCUAUUCAACCCUCUUAAUUAUUUUAAACGGUAUGAUAAUUUUAUAUGUAUCACCACAACCUCAACCACAUUCAAAAGUCAUGAUAUCUGGACACGAAAAAUGCAAUAUUCACUUCCACAAUUUCUAUCAUUUAUCGAAACAUGUCCUAGGGUGAAGCAAAUUCAAGGCAUGGUAGAUCCUACGAUCGUAUCAAGCCAGUACAGAACAACACAGGAAUAUUUAGCAUUACAAAAUGGUGCAUCACUUAACGAAGCGAAAGAAAUAGGUGCGAUGGGGGACCUGAAUCCUGGUGUGAUCAAUAUAAUCUACCAAUUUAUUGGUGUUCAGUUAAUCGAACCAGAUACAACAGUUGAUUUAACGGAAGAGACAAAGUCUUGUCUUGCUUUGCUUGAAAGUAAAAGAAAUCGACAUGAUGAGGAUGUAAAAUGGGCAAUUACCGCUCUGAAAAAAGAGGGCGUUGCAAAAAUUAUGGGUAUUGAUACCAGCCAAUAAAUUGAUUUUAUUGUGAUCUCAACAUUGUUUUGUUGGCUCUUUUAUCCUUAUCGAUAGUAUCUUUAGUAUCAAUAAAAGCCACUAAAAUGUACCUCGAUCCUUUUGUGAUAUCAAUACCACUGUGCAUAACGCGAGCAUCAUGAUAAGCAACAUCACCUUGAUUUAAAUGUAAGACUUUAUCAAUGCUUUGAUAAUAAGUUCCACCGCCCUCGAAAUCAGUAGGGUCACUGAUGAGCAAAGUCAAAGAAAACAAACAGCCAUCUGUAUGCAUUUUCAGCCCUUUUUGUGCUUUUGCACUAUAUUUAACUAAAAAUAUA